AGCUAUUGACACCACUAAGAAUUAUUCGCAGUUAUCAUGAGCACAUCCACAUGUGUGCAUAUCCCUGUUUCUAAAUUUUGAUUAUUUUUAUGACUUUUAUCGGCGUUUCUUCGUUGUUUUGCCAUGUCACGUCUCAUUAUAAAAAAUCUUCCAAGUAACAUAACUGACGAUGCCCUCCGAACUAAAUUUUCUGAAAAAGGUGUUGUUACAGAUGUCCAGUUAAAGUAUAAGAAUGGAGUCUUCAGAAAAUUUGCGUUUGUUGGCUUCAAAAAAGAAGAGGAUGCCUCAGCUGCACGCGAAUAUUUCGACAACACAUGCAUUGGAACAUCUCGAAUUCAAGUGGAAAUUUGUUCUGACAUUCGUUCCAAAGACAAACCAAGGGCUUGGAGUAAGUACGCACCAGGUUCUUCUGCCUACAACAAACUUCAUCCUGAGGAAGCUCCACCUCCGCCAGAACAGGAGGAUAAAGAACACAAUGAGAAAAAGAAUAAAAAGACUGACAAAGAUGUUGUGAGGGAUCCCAAAGUGAAGGAACUUUUAGAAAAGUACAAGGAUGACCCUCAGUUUGCUGAAUACAUGGAAACCCAUCUGGGAAAGAACAGUCUGUGGAGCAAUGAUGCUGUUGGUGGUACCGGAGAUGGGCCAGCUAUUACUGAACAAGUUGUGGAAGACCUUCAAAAUACUGUUCUAAAUUCCAUUCCUGAUGAAGAUUUAGCACAGGCCAAAAUUUCUGAUUUUGAGUAUCUUCGAAGAAAAAUGGUGAAAAGCAAAGAGAAAGAAAAGGGCAAAGCAGUUUCAGAGGAAAAAAGUAAUACGAAAAAGUCUAAGGUAAUUUCUGAAGAACCGAAUUCGGAUGGUGAAUCUGCAAGCACUAAAAAGAAAACCAAAUUAUUUUAUGUAAAAGUAAAGGGUCUUCCCUAUAAAGCAAAGCGAAAAGAUGUAAGAGAAUUUCUGAAACCUCUACAAACCAAAUCUGUUCGAAUUCCAGUAAAAGUUAAAUGUGUGGCCUAUGUUGGAUUUGCGACAGAGAAGGAAGCAAAUAAAGCUCUUAUAAAGGACAGGAGCUUUUACAUGGGUAAACAAAUUUUUGUUAAACCUUAUGAAGAACAUUCAGAAACUAAUAAAGGAGAUAAUGUUCCGGAUAGAUACAGAGAGCAGGAGGAAAGUUUAAAAUCAGAAGAAACUAUUGCUGAAUCUGGUCGAAUAUUUGUUAGAAAUUUAUCUUACUUGACUACUGAAGAGGAUAUUACGCAGUUAUUUUCUAAAUAUGGUGAACUCAGUGAGGUUUUACUGCCUAUCGACUUCCGUACAAGAAAAAUAAAAGGAUAUGCUUUAGUAACUUUUCUUCUUCCUGAACAAGCUGUGCAGGCUUACAAUGAAUUAGAUGGUACAGUUUUUGAGGGCAGAAUGCUCCAUCUCUUGCCAUCAAAAUCAAAACCAUCUAUUGAUGAAUUACUGGAACAAGAAGGUCUAGAUUUUAAAAAGAAGAAAGCCUUGCUCUUGAAGAAAGCAGCCACAGCAUCUCACAGCUGGAAUACUUUGUUUUUGGGUCAAAAUGCUGUCACUAACAUCAUUGCUGAAACAUACAAUACCACAAAAGAAAAGGUCCUUGAUGACAGUGGCAAGGGAAGUGUUGCUGUUCGUUUAGCUCUCGGAGAAACACAAAUUGUUACAGAGACAAGAAAGUUCCUCACUGAAAAUGGUGUUCAGCUUGAUGCUUUUAAUAAGCCUUCUGUUCAGAGAUCAAAGACAAUCUUAUUGAUAAAAAAUUUACCUGCUAAAACUAGUGCAGCCGAAAUUCGUGAACUCUUUGAGCCUUAUGGGGUUUUAGGAAGAAUCAUUUUACCUCCAACUGGUGUUACUGCACUUGUCGAAUUUUUUGACAAAAUGGAGGCAAAAAAGGCAUUUUUAAAAUUAGCUUACACGAAGUUCAAGGAUCUUCCAUUAUACCUUGAGUGGGCACCUGAAGGAUCUCUCACUGAGUCAGACCCCAAUAGUUCAACAAAAUCUACCCCUGUAGUUGUAGAAACUAAUGAGGAAAAAGAAAAGACCGAAGAAGAGCAAGUGGAACCAGAAACUACUCUGUACCUUAAGAAUCUGAGUUUUAAUACUACAGAAGAAAAUAUUAGGCAGCAUUUUGCAAGAUAUGGGUCACUGGCUAAAGUUACAAUUGCCACUAAACCCAACCCAAAAGUACCUGGAGAGCGGCUUUCUCAAGGGUUUGGAUUUAUUCAAUAUUACAAAAAGAGCAGUGCAGAUAAUGCAUUGAAAAACCUUCAAAAUUCUGAAUUGAAUGGCCACAAAAUCGAAAUAAAGAGAUCUCAUCGGACUUUGAAGGAGGACACUGUUCAGAGGAAGACGGUAAACCAGGCUAAACCGACAGGCACCAAGAUUCUGGUCAGAAAUAUUCCCUUCCAAGCAACAAGUGAUGAAGUACUUGAACUAUUUAAAGUAUUUGGGGAAAUUAAAACUUUGAGACUGCCAAAGAAGAUGGUAGGCACUGGCAGCCACAGAGGUUUUGCAUUUGUUGACUACCAUACCAAAAAUGAUGCCCAGAAUGCAAUGGACUCUCUUUGCCAGAGUACCCAUUUGUAUGGUCGCAGGCUUGUGCUCGAAUGGGCGUCUCCAGAUGAUGAAGAUGUUGACGCUUUGCGUAAGCGCACAGCUGAACGAUUCGCUGGUGAUGAACCACAUUCAAAGUCAUUUAAGAAGGGUGUCUUUGACAUGAAGACAGCACCCAAAGGAAAGGGAGAUGAGGCUGAUAGUGACUAAAUCAUAAGUUUUGUUUGUAUAAAAUAUGUUACAAAAUGAAAAAAAUUACAUAACAGUAAAACCCUGCAAGGCUA